CACGGAUCGCUUGGUGCAACCAAAGAGACCAUAAUCCAAUUGUCAUCCACACAUGGUGCCUUACCCCUAACUGCAAAGGAAAAGCCAACACACUCUUUUGUUUUCUAGUUGGGAUGAGAAAAACCCAGAAAGAAAAAGGGCCUCUCUUUUAAUAGGAGCCUCUGAACACAAAACCCUCAGCUCACUUUCUCCACCCUCCUUCUCUCCUUCCACUUCAGUUCUCUGCAACUUCCCAUAUUCUUUGGUCUGCUCUCCAACCCAUUCCCAGGCAUUUCCCCAGCCGGUAAGCCAUCUGUAAAGCAUCUCACCUUUCUGGCAUUUGGGUUUCUGCAACAAGCAUUUUGAUUUUGACAUGCUUUGGAGUGCAUAGUUUUGGGUGCAUUGUUAGGGAUCCAUUACUCAGAUGUUUGCCAAUUCCCAUCUUGAAUCACUGCCCAUUUCCUUUUAGCAUGUGGUUUAGGCUACUGAGAGAAUCUGAGAUCAUUUUCUUUUCUGGGAUUGCUGCUAAAUGCUUUCAUUGAAGACUUUUCACAUGUUUCAAUGGCGUGUAGAACAGAUAAAAGGUGAUACCUUUAUUGGUGGGGAGGGAAGUAUAUAGAUAUUAACAUUCUUAUGAGGAAUUUUAGACCAUAGGUUGACCUGGUCCCCCAUUGCUUGCCCUGGUCCACAUUAUCAGAUAGGUUAGCAGAUAACAGCCACCCAAAUCAUUAUCUGAGGGUUUUGAUGAUCAGCUGUCUUUAAUCUUGCUAGGAAAAACCUGUUACAGCAUAUACUAAACCCCGAAAAGAAGCCAAAUUUAUGAAUAUGCAAAGGAUAAGCCAAGUCUCCAGAUACUAGAUUUGUUUAGCAAAGAGGGGGACUGUGCUGUUGGUAUGUCCCUCCUUUCUUAUGGCUACUCAACUACCAAUGAGUGAACACAACUAGAGUUGAAUUCGAUGUAUUGGUUAGUCUGCUUGUAGACAUAAAGGAUGAAAGCCCUUUGAGUUGUGGUUGGUGUCGUUCCAUUAGUUUGUAUAGUGUUGUGAUUUCUCAAAUUGACGAGCUCAUUUACUUGGUUCUGGGAGUUCCAGGGGUUGUGGAUUUGGCGAAAAUGGCCCAUAUCUUGGCACCAUCUUCGCAAUGCCAGAUGAGAUUGUCAAACAAGGUGGCAGCACCUGUGAACCCCAUGGCUGGAAAGAUGUGGAGCUCCUUGGUGAUGAAGAAGAGGGGAACUACAAAAGGUGCUUCCAAAUUUCGCGUCUUUGCAAUCAAGGCCGAGAACAGCACUAUCAAUAGGCUAGACAAUCUCUUGAACUUGGAUAUCACCCCAUUCACUGACAAGAUUAUUGCUGAGUACAUUUGGAUUGGAGGAUCAGGCAUUGAUCUUCGUAGCAAAGCGAGGACAAUUGAGAAGCCUGUGGAGCAUCCAUCUGAGCUUCCCAAGUGGAAUUAUGAUGGAUCAAGUACUGGGCAGGCACCGGGAGAAGACAGUGAGGUUAUUAUAUACCCACAAGCAAUUUUCAAAGACCCAUUCCGUGGAGGUAACAAUAUCUUGGUCAUUUGUGAUGCAUACACUCCAGCUGGUGAGCCAAUCCCCACCAACAAGCGUUACCGGGCUGCUGAAAUCUUCAGUGACCCAAAGGUUAUCGCUGAAGUUCCAUGGUAUGGGAUAGAGCAAGAGUACACAUUGCUUCAACAAAAUGUGAAGUGGCCUUUGGGGUGGCCUGUUGGUGGCUACCCUGGUCCUCAGGGUCCUUAUUACUGUGGUGCUGGGGCAGAUAAGUCCUUUGGUCGUGAUAUAUCAGACGCACACUAUAAAGCCUGCCUGUAUGCCGGAAUCAACGUUAGUGGCACCAACGGAGAGGUCAUGCCUGGCCAGUGGGAAUAUCAGGUUGGUCCUAGUGUUGGCAUUGAUGCAGCAGAUCAUAUCUGGUGUUCCAGAUACAUUCUUGAGAGAAUCACGGAACAAGCUGGAGUUGUGCUGUCCCUUGACCCAAAACCAAUUGAGGGUGAUUGGAAUGGUGCAGGAUGCCAUACCAACUACAGCACAAAGAGCAUGAGGGAAGAUGGAGGUUUUGAAGUGAUUAAGAAGGCCAUAUUGAAUCUAUCUCUUCGCCAUAAGGACCAUAUCAGUGCUUACGGUGAAGGAAACGAGAGAAGGCUGACGGGAAAGCAUGAGACUGCCAGCAUUGACAAGUUUUCUUGGGGAGUUGCUAACCGCGGUGCCUCAAUUCGAGUGGGACGCGACACUGAGAAAAAAGGCAAAGGUUACUUGGAGGACCGUCGCCCGGCCUCAAACAUGGACCCGUACAUCGUGACUUCAUUAUUGGCGGAGACUACACUCUUAUGGCAACCAACCCUUGAGGCUGAAGCUCUUGCUGCUCAGAAGCUUGCUUUGAAGGUCUGAUGAGAAACACAAUUUCUUUCAAUUUAGUGGGUUAGCCUGAGUGCAGCAUCGGCUUUUUCUUUGUCCUGGCUCUUCAUGAAAAGAUCAGUGUAAAUAAAUGUUUCUGAGUUGCUGCUGUCGAAGGUAAAUCGACUGAUGAAUUGUUGCUCCCUUUCCAAUAACUUUUGAUUCUUGAUGGUUGGACAAUGAAUAGACCUGAGUUCAUUUCUGGCUUUCUGAGAAGUUUAGCUUUGUUCUUUUCCUUUCAUCUUCUGGAGAUUCUCCUUUCUUUAUGCGAAAGGUCUGCAAAUAGCAACAGUUAGAGAAAAGUAAUCCUGAUAGGGUGAGGAGAAAGAAAAGGAUUGCAUCAUUUUGCAGGUAGCAAGGAACUUUAUUCCUUUGUUACCCCUGCAUGCAGAAGAAAGGCUCAUCCAAACUAGGACUUUCAGGUCCUGAAAAUUUGAUACCUUUCCUUUCGAAGAGGGAAAGAAAGGCAUUAGAGUCAUUCCUUUGAUACCAAGGCCACCCAAUUUUAUAAUGAAAGGUUCACAGAACC